AUGAGUGAAUCUGAGUUACAACAACUACAAGUUCUUUGUGAAGCUAUGUAUUGCGGUAAUAAGGAAGAACAAAAUCAAGCACACACAAUUUUGCUUCCACUAGUUAACAAUGUGGGAAAUGUAAGUAAAUUAAAAAAUAUAUUAGGAAGCACAAAUCAUGUUCAUACUUUAAUAUUUACUACCUCUGGUCUUCUUCAAUUAAUAACAAAUGAAUGGAAUAAAAUAGAACAGAAAGAAAAGGAUGAAUUAAAAGAAUUUGUAAUAUCUUAUUUAUAUAAUAAAGGAGUAGAUUUAUUAAAUUUAUCAACAAAUAUUUUAGGAAAUUUUGUUAGAUUAUAUGUUCGUAUUGUAAAAUUAUCAUGGUUAGAAAAUACAAAUUAUGCACUUAUAACAAAGCAGGUGGAGUAUUUUUUAAAUUCUAUAACUAGCCAUUGGAUUAUUGGUUUAUAUAUUUAUGCAGAGUUAAUUGAAGAUAUGCAUCCACAAUGUGGAGUCAAUUCUGCAAAGAGCAGAAGAUGUGCAAUAUCUUUUAGAGAUUAUGUUUUAAAAGAUAUUUUUAAAGUUGGUAUUGAAACAUUAGAAGAGUUCGUAAAAGGAAGUAUAAGAAUUGAAUUAAGAAUUGAAGAAAAUAGGUUAUUAAUAAAAGUGUUAGAACUAAUUUACAAUAGUUUAUCUUUUGAUUUUAUGGGUACUAUGAUAAAUGAUGAAAGCUCAGAUGAAAAUAUUUCUUUAAUGAUACCACAAUCUUGGGAUAUAUUUAACGAAAAAAAUAUUCCCAAAUUAUUUUUUGAUAUGUAUGAGAUAUGCAUGUCAGAAGAAGAAGAUAUAAGAAAUUGUUGUGGAAAAUAUUGUUUAAGAUCAUUAAUAUUACUAGGGAGUUUAAGGAAAACAUUUUUUUCAAAUGAAAAACAAAAAAUACGCUACAUGAAUGAAUUUUUAAGUGGAAUUAACAAAAUUAUUGAAAAAAAAAUUGGCUUGCAUGAUGAAGAUUGUUUUCAUGAACUAUGUAGAUUAAUUGGUAAAAUAGACACAAGUGUUAGAUUACAAGAAUUAAGUACUUAUUCUAAUUUUCUGACAUGGUGUCAUAAUAUAUAUUUAUUUACAAUGGAUGGUAUGAAAAAUUGGAAGUACUUGUGUAAUAGCAAGCAUUACUUAUUAGGUAUAUGGAGUAAUAUGCUAAACAUAAUUCCUGCAAAAAUUAUAAAAGAAAUUAAUAGUAGAACUGAUGAAAAAGAAUUACUCAAAGAUGUUCUAAGUAAUAAAAAUAUUUUUGUAAAAAAAAAUGCCAUUUCUAAUAACUUUAAUAAUAAUGAUAUAGAUAACAAGUAUUUAAUUAUAUGUGAUUACAUUUACGAUAUAACUAUGGUUUUUAUAAAUAGUAGAUUAGAAUUAGCUAAGUAUAUAUGUGAAAAAGGAGAAAAUUGUGACAUAGAAAAUCCUUUAUAUAAUGAUGUUCUGAGAAGUGAACAGUUGGAACUGAUAUCUAAUUUAUCUAAAUUACAAUAUAAUUUUAUUGGUGCAAAAUUAUUAUCAAUUUUUUAUGAAUUAAAAAAUAAUCAUGAAAAUAAUCUUAUUAGUAAAGCAAUAUUUAUAGAGCAAACUACAUGGUUAGUUUUUAUUAUCGCUUCUAUUAUUUCAAGUAGUGCUGUUUCUAAUAUGAAAAGUGUCAAUUUUAAUAACUUCAAAAUAAAUUCAGAAUUAUGUUUUUUAGUGUUUUCAUUAAUGGAUCAAACAAAUAAAUCAGUGGAAGUUUUUGAAUAUUUAGAAUUUGCUUAUUUAAAUUGUUUAGAAUUAUUUAAAAAAGUUUAUAUUAGUGGAAAAAAAAAUAACAAUUUUUUAAAAGAGAUGAAAUCGGUUGCUUUAAAAAUUAUAUCUGAUAGUUCAUCUUAUUCAAAUGCUAAUAAUGAUCCUAUGCAACUAUCAAACAUUAAUAAUUUUAAUAAUUCUUCAUUUAAUAAUAACAGUAAUUUAUCUUUUCCUACAACUACUUCAAAUAAUGCAACUAAUAUGUUAAAUAAUAACAUGAACAGCUUUAUUUCUUCUUCCUUGAUCUCUAAUCAAAAUGACGAAGAAAAUAAUGACCCUUUAAUAGAAUUAAUUAUUAGCAAAAUAUUGUUUAACUUAAAUAAUAGAGUAGAAUAUGAACAAAUAAUUAAAAGAAGUUUAGAUUUAUUUCAUGAUCUAGUUUCAGGAAUGAAUAUUAUUUGUUUAGAAGAUAAAACACCUAAAUUAAUUGUAUUUGCGAGACUACUUUUAAAAAAUGAAAAAAUAUUAAAAUUGUUGCAUAAUAGAAAUAGUAAAUUUUUGGAGAUUUCUAAAUAUUAUAAAUAUAGGACUAAUUAUUAUUUAAUAUUAACAAAAUUACUAUUUAUGGAACAAAAUCUGAUGUCUUCAUCUUUUGAAAAAUACAUAUCACCAAUUAAUAAUUUAUUAGAAUGUAUUAAAAGAGAAAUUAGUAUAAAUGGAAAAGAUAUUAUUUUAAAAAAUAAUGAAAUUAAAUUAACAUUUAUAGGUGCUUUAAGAGAUUUAAGAGGUAUAUGCAUGGCAUGUAAUAAUGUAGAGACAUACAAUAUGUUUUUCAAUUUCUUUAUAAAUAGCUACCCAUUAGAAGAUAAUCAAAUGAAUAUAUUAACAUCCCUUGUUGACGUAAUAUGGGAUUCCUACGAUAUUUGUGUUCCUUUUCUUAAAUUUAUGUGUGAAUUUGUAUAUAACAAAUCUCAAAGAAUAACCUUCCCUAAAUCAUCUCCUAAUGGAAUUUUAUUAUUUAAAGUGGUUUCCAACAUAUUAAUUAUAAUUUCUAACAAUUUAUUACAAAAAGAAAAAUUCGUAGAUAUAUACAAAGAGAAAUAUAAAAUAAUAUCUCUUUUAUUAAAUAUGUUCAAUAACUGUUUAAAUGGUGAUUUUGUUAACUUUGCCAUUUUUGAUUUGUACAAUGAUGAUAUAUUAAACAACUCUUUAAAUUUAGCAUUAAACAUGUGUUUAGUAAUUCCUACUAAUGAUCUUUUAUCUUAUAUAAAGCAUUUAAAACCAUAUUUUUCAUUUCUUGAUUUAGUUACUAAAAAUUUUUUUCAAAGAAUUUUAAAUUUGGAAUUUGAGCUUAUAGCUGAUAUUAUUCAUAAUGUAAAAGAAGGAUUAUGUUCUUUUGAUUACACAGUUUCAAUGACGUGUUGUUCAAUUUUGGAUAAUAUUGUUACAUAUAUUUUUACGAAUAAGAAGAGUUCUACUGAACAAGGGCAGAUAAUAAAAAACUUUUUGGAAAGUCAACCACAAGCUCUUAAAGAAGUAUUGAAUUUGAUGUUUCAUUUAAUAUUAGGAGGUGAUUUUGGUAGCACAUGGAGUAUGUCUCAACCAUUAUUAGGUCUAAUUUUGUUAGAUGCCCAAGGAUAUUUCAAAAUUCAAGAACAAUUAAUUUCUCAACAAAGUGAAGAAAAAAAACAAAAAUUAAGACACAGCUUUUGUAAAUUAAUGGAUCAUAUAGAAUCUAAUUUAGCUCCUAGCAAUAGAGAAAAUUUUACAAGAAAUCUUUAUACCUUUGCUCAAGAAAUAAGAAACAUUUUAAUUUAG